AGAAAGUUUCCAGUGACCUUUGGCCAUUUGUACACAAGUUGUUUUCCUAUCGGUGGAGCAUACGGUUGCUCAACCAUGCUUUGGCUAAUUUGGUGCGUGCUUUUCGGAAGUUUACGGCUUGGGAGUACCCUUAGUGCUAUCGUUCACAAUGAAACAGAAUUUGAUCUGGUAGAAGGACACCGGCAAGGAAGAGUGUUCCCCUUUUACUCGAUUGGCCGUAUUGCAAAUUUACCUUGUCUAGCUAGCAAUGGCUUGACAGGGACUUGCUUAGUUCGAGGCGAGUGCGCUGCUAAUCUGGGUAUUUUCAGUGGCAGCUGUAGUACAAUCACAACACAAGCAACCUGUUGUAUAUUCAGCAGAACUUGUGGAGGAUCAACUAACCUAAACAGUACCUAUUUCACGAAUACUGGAUAUCCCGGAUCAUACAACGGUGGUGGUUCAUGUUCAUUCACAAUCACUCCUUGCAGUACAUCGGUUUGCCAGCUGCGAGUAGAUUUCAGAUCGAUGAUUCUGGCUCAACCGGAUGGAGAUGGAAACUGUCUGACAGAUGUUCUUACGAUAACCGGUGGAAGUUCAGAUGUUCCACCGAUCUGUGGUGAAAACACCGGGCAACAUGUGUACGUGAAUUUUGAUGAACUGAAUCCAAUAACCAUCAAGGUGACUACCACAGCUGGGUCGACCGUGGACCGGAUGUGGAACCUUCAGCUAUCCCAAAUUCCCUGUGCUUCGCAAUUUCGGGCACCGGAUGGUUGUCUGCAGUACUACCUGGAACCAAGUGGAGUGAUUAGCAGUUUCAACUAUGGAUUUGGGGCGAAUCCCAAUUUGAACACCCUUGGUGCGACUGGAUCGAGGCAGAUCGCUGGGCAGCGGUACGGAAUUUGCAUUCGACCGGCACCCGAUCAGUGUUCGAUCACAUACAGUUUGCCAACACUUGACGGAUCGUUUGCAUUUACGGUAACUGGAGACGCAGAGGUUCUCGCUCCUACACUGAUUGGUAUGGGAAUUUUUGGUGAGAAUGGUGCCCUUUGCACUACGGACUAUAUUGUUAUCCCGGAUCCGAUAGUUACCAGUGCUGAUGCGGUUGGACUUACGUUCGUAGAUAGAUUUUGUGGUCUCGGACUGUUUCCCGUAACCAGCCAGGUCAAGCCAUUUGUGGUAUACGUGGUGUGGGAUAGCAACGAAACGCCGGACGUUGCAAACCGAGGAUUUCGAUUGGUUUACUCCCAGAAUGCCUGUACGCUUGGUGCGUAGCUAUGUUGUGAAUACUUUUAG